GCAGAGGCCAUGCCACUGAAACAUUAUCUCCUUUUGCUGGUGGGCUGCCAAGCCUGGAGUGCAGGUCUAGCCUACUAUGGCUGCCCUAGCGAGUGUACCUGCUCCAGGGCGUCCCAGGUGGAGUGCACCGGGGCACGCAUUGUCGCCGUGCCUUCCCCUUUGCCGUGGAAUGCCAUGAGCCUGCAGAUCCUCAACACACACAUCACUGAGCUCAAUGAGUCACCAUUCCUCAACAUCUCGGCCCUCAUUGCCUUGAGGAUUGAGAAGAAUGAAUUGUCUCACAUCAUGCCUGGAGCCUUCCGCAACUUGGGCUCGCUGCGCUACCUCAGUCUUGCUAACAACAAGCUUCAGAUUCUGCCCGUUGGCCUCUUCCAGGGCCUGGAUAACCUUGAGUCACUCCUUCUGUCCAGCAACCAGCUGGUGCAGAUUCAGCCGGCCCACUUCUCCCAGUUUAGCAACCUCAAGGAAUUGCAGUUGCAUGGCAACCACCUGGAAUACAUCCCCGAUGGUGUCUUUGACCACCUUGGGGGCCUCACCAAGCUCAAUCUGGGCAAAAACAGCCUGACUCACAUCUCACCCAGGGUCUUUCAGCACCUGGGCAACCUCCAGGUCCUCCGGCUGUUUGAGAACAGGCUCUCAGACAUCCCCAUGGGCACUUUUGAUGGACUUGGCAAUCUCCAGGAACUCGCCCUGCAGCAGAACCAGAUUGGUACGCUCUCCCCAAGCCUCUUCCACAACAAUCCGAACCUCCAGAGACUCUAUCUGUCCAACAACCACAUCUCCCAGUUGCCCGCUGGCAUCUUCAUGCAGCUGCCGCAGCUCACCCGUCUUACGCUCUUUGGGAAUAACCUGAAGGAACUCUCCCCAGGAAUCUUUGGGCCCAUGCACAACCUUCGGGAGCUCUGGCUCUAUGACAAUCACAUCACUUCCCUUCCUGACAAUGUCUUCAGCAGCCUCAGCCAACUGCAGGUCCUGAUCUUAAGUCGAAACCAGAUCAGCUUCAUCUCCCCUGGGGCCUUUAAUGGGCUGAGGGAGCUUCGGGAGCUCUCCCUCCACACCAAUGCACUGCAGGACUUGGAUGGGAACAUCUUCCGCAUGUUGACCAACCUACAGAAUAUCUCUCUGCAGAAUAAUCGCCUCAAACAGCUCCCUGGGAAUAUCUUCGCCAAUGUCAAUGGCCUGAUGACCAUUCAACUGCAGAACAACCAGCUGGAGAAUCUGCCCAUGGGCAUCUUUGAUCACUUGGGGAACCUGUGUGAGCUUCGGCUAUAUGAUAACCCCUGGAGAUGCGACUCAGACAUCCUUCCACUCCGCAAUUGGCUCUUGCUUAACAAGCCUAGGUUGGGGACAGAUGCCCUCCCAGUGUGUUCCAGCCCAGCCAAUGUUCGAGGCCAGUCUCUUGUCAUCAUUAAUGUCAACGUUAAUGCUGUCCCCAGUGCCCAGACUCCUGAGGGACCCAGCUAUCCAGAAACGCCACAGUACCCAGACACAUCCAGCUAUCCUGACACCACCUCCAUCUCCUCUGCCACUGACUAUACCAGCACCGAGCAGGACUAUACUGAUCUGACCACCGUGGAGAUUACUGAUGAUCGCAAUUCGUGGGGCAUGACCCGUGCCCAGAGUGGGCUGGCCAUUGCUGCCAUUGUCAUUGGCAUCAUUGCCUUGGCCGCCUCCGUGGCUGCCUGCAUCUGCUGUUGCUGCUGCAAGAAGAGGGGUCACACGGUCCUGAUGCAAAUGAAGGCACCCAAUGAGUGUUAA